AUGGACACAUUAUCGCAAACAUCCGAAGCUAUUUUAACCAAAUUUCAAUACCCACUCCCACAAUACGUUUUGGGCUGUUUGCCAGCCCUCGCAGUAAUUGGAGAAAUUCCUACGAGAGGUCUGUGGCCGAAGAUCCAAUGGAUAUUUCGAUGUCUGGGGCUGUUAGAUAAAGAAUACUUUGCUCGGGGCACGCAUUCUAUCCCUUUUCGACCAGUCGGAGUACAUUCUAUGAAAUUCGAACCUACCGAAUCACAGUCAAAAGCCUUUUCUGAGGCUGUCGCAGAGACAUCCGUGCUAGAGAGGUUAUCGUCUCUGAUCUCAGCCUACUAUAUACUGGUAGGUUGGGCCAUGGCGAUACUUAAGAUCGUUGUAACCCAAAAAUGUAACGACUGGCCCUAUAUACCUAUUUCACUGACAUGGACACUGCCAGUGAUAUAUAAACGAGCCGUUUACGGAAGGCUCGUAUUUAAGGAUGUAACUGUCGAGUUAAAUAAAUUAGGUCAAAAUGACAAAGAUGAAAUGAUUAUACAAGUUUCACCUCUCGAACCUCAUGAUCUAACAAAAAAACGUGUACUUGUUGCCAUUGCAGCCUUCAUAUCAAUAGUGGUCCCUUGGGGUGCAGUACUUACGGCAUACUUUACCCCACCGCUGGGAUUUUUCUGCCGCUCAAGAUUUAUAUCGUGCUAUUGCACGAUAUGGACUUUUAAUGGGAUUAUAUCCCUAAUUCUCCAUUUGCGGGGAGAAGUGAGCCUAAGAGGUAAUCGGUUUGUCCAUGCCUGGUUUUGCAUUUGUGGUGGUAUAGUGGCAAUGUUUUUUGGAUGCUUUUGCCUCCUUAGUGAUGACAGAAAUUGGUGGGUACAACUAUUCGGAGAAGGUUGUGAUACUUCGGCUGGGUGCAAUG